CAGAGACGGGGCAGCGAUUGGACACCAGGCGGGGGCUCGCUUCAUCCUAACCCCUGCCUGAAUCUCACUGCAGACACUUCGGGCUGGCCCGCCUGGUGCUGCCCAUGCUGAGACUGCUUGGAGGGGUGGAUGGAGCCAUUUAACACCUCGCACGCCAAUGGGACGGAACCCUUUAUACCGGCAUCAUGGCGAGCAGCCUUCCUGAUCGGCACGCUGGGCAUCGGGCUGCCAGCCAACACCUUCAUCAUCUGGCUGACAGGGUGGCGGCUGCAGCGCCGGGGCCUGUCCGUCUUCAUCCUAAGCCUUGCCACCUCUGACUUCCUCUUCCUCUCCGUCACGGUCACGCAGAUCAUGGAGACCCUGCAGGGCGACAGCUGGGUGCUGGGCGCCCCCAUGUGCCGCCUGCGCCACUUCCUCUAUGACUUGAGCUACCACUGCAGCCUCUUCCUGCUGGCCGCCCUCAGCGUGGACCGCUGCCUGCUGGUGCUGCUGCCCCUCUGGUACCACUGCCACCGCCCCCUGCGUCUCUCCAGCUACAUCUGCCUUGGUGCCUGGCUGGUGGCCGCCCUGCUCAGCAUCAAGGGCUUUAUCUUCGCCGACGUCGUCCUGUGGCCGGACGGCGUGCUCGCCUGCAGCAACAUCCGAGGCAAAUACGAAUGGCCCCUGCGCCUGCUAGAGGUGCUGCUAGAGGGACUCUUCCCCUUCACCAUCAUGGUGAUCACCCAUGCUGCCACCUUGGCCCGCACCUUCCGGCGCCACACUCGGCCCCCCAGCCAGUUCUACCGCAUCGUGGCCGCCACCCUGUCGGCCUAUGUGCUGCUCAACCUCCCUUUCCAGAUCAUCCAGCUGCUCUUCCUGGCCUCCUGGGAGCACGAGGAGUUCAACAGUCGCAUCUUCCCCUUCAUGGUCUACUUCGGCUACCUGAUCAACCUCAACAGCAGCAUCAAUCCUCUCAUCUACAUCUUCUUCGGCUCCAACGUCUGCACGGGCUGCAGCCGCUACACAACCUCCUCCCUUGCCACAGCCCUCACCAAGGAGCAAGGGAAGAGUCCUGGGGACACACCCAGCAAGUCCUUCUCAGCCUAGCCCUGCCAGCAAGGCUAAGCUCCAUGGCCCAGCCCCUGCUCUGGCACAGCUCCAGUCACCAGUUGAGUGGUCACUGGCUCCCCUGACAGGGCCUGGCCACAAGGAGGGGGGUCUGUGCACAAUUGUAGGUUUACUAUGUAAAUGGAUACAAGGUGGGGCUUGGUCAGGGACAACCAGCUCCAGGUAGCCACCAGGGGAAGUCACACCAGUGCUAAGGCCCAGUUUGCCCCCAUAUUUUCCCAACCUAGACAAGCUCCAGCGGGGACAGAUCCUCAGCAGAUGCAAACCAGGCCCAGCUCCACGUGCAGGUCAAUGACCUGGGAACACCAGGCCCUAGGCAAGGCAAUGUAAACACUGACGUGGCUGCAGCUGCCAACCCAUAGGUGCCAGGAAACACUGCGGGGAAGGGGACUCUGCCCCUUUGGGACUAUUUGUGCCUGGCAAUCUUGCCUUUAGGUGUGCCUCCCAGAUCACUGUGUUUUAAUACAGUGGCUGUUCUGCACACUACAGCUAGCUACCCAGCACUGAGGGUACAGGUGCCCCCCUAACUCUGUCCCCUAGGGCCCCUGCAGCCUGACCAUUCUGACCUGCCGAAAGCAGGCCCAGUCUCCUCUUCGCACACAUGACUAUGACACAGAAGCUGCAGUCCAGGUGUAUGCGGGGGAUGGAAUUAGAACCACACACCUGAAUGGUCAGAAUUAAGGCCAUGGGGCUGCCCUGGGGAUCCCCACCUUCCCACACCCACCAGGGGGCAGGUACUGCUCCCCCCUACCGCUUCAUGGGGGCAGGACACCCCAUAGAGGGCCACACCCCACGGCUUUAAUUCUGACCCCUUGGGCCUGUGGUUCUUUAAUUCUGACCUUCUGAGCUGGGGGGGGCCACACACACACAGCUCCUCCUCAGUUGCCUCCAGCAGGGUGUCCAGUGUGUGGGCCUGGCUGCCCACCAGCACCUCCUGCUAGGGACUCAGAGCCACCUUUUGCCCUCAUCAGGAGGGAGUGGGGUAGAAGAGGUGCCCUGGAGAUGCGCUGAGCUCAUGUCAGCCUAGGGGCUCUCAGGUGAGUGACCGCAGGUAGGGACAUGGGGGAUCAAGGGGAGAAGGGUUCCCCCUGCUGAGUAAUCUCAGCCACACUGACACAGGGGUAGGGGGCUGAAAGCUGCAUCACAAGGUGUUGGAGGGGGAAGUGAUUUUCUCCUACCCCCAGCCAGGGGCACGCCCACAUUUCCAGGGAGCUAAGUGCAUGGCAAAAGGGGGAUCCAUCCGGGGCCUUGGGAUCCAGACUCCAGUUAGUGUGUAUCUGCCCAGUGACCCCAGUAGGAAGAGAGAGGAGCUGCAAAUUCAUUCCUGGAGUGAAGAAUGAGGAAGCAGGACAAGAACUCCCCUUUCCCACGCAGGCCACUGGCAGAAGUGAUUGAACCCGUGACCUUGGGAGCUAAAAACAUAAGCCUCUACUGCUUGAACUAAUCUCCCUGCUCUGGGAGUGGAUGGGUCACUACAAAAAGUAAUUUUCCCUCCCUUGGUAUUCACCCCUUCUUGUCAACUGUUGAGAAUAGGCCACUUCCACCUUAAUUGAAUUGGCUCGUUAGCACUGACCCCCCCCACCACCACUUGGUAAGGCAACUCCCAUCUUUUCAUGUGCUAUAAUAUAUAUUCUGCUUAUUGUAUUUUUCACUCCCUGCAUCUGAUGACGUGGGUUUUAGCCCACAAAAGCUUAUGCCCCAAUCAGUUUGUCUCUAAGGUGCCACAAGGACUCCUCCUUGUUUCUGCUGAUUCAGACUAACGCAGCUACCGCUCAGGAACUUGCCCCUGCUCUGUUAGCUACAGGUGGAGCAGGCCCAGCAAGCUGUAGCGAAGACCCAGGCACCCCAGCAAGAGCAGAGCACCAGGCAGAACGAGCCUGAGUGACAAUAGCUCCCCUCAGUCCGAUUCCACUCCCCUCCUUGGGGCCGCAUUCUGCCCCCACAGGCCACUGGUCACCUCCUACAGUCGCAGUUGCUGGUUCUUUACGGGCCCCUCUCAGGGCUCCUUUUACCCAGCGGUGCCAGGUUAGGGUGGGGACCUCAUCUGUGUGUGCCUUCUGGGCUGCAAGGAGAGUGUGAUCACCCAUUCAUUGUAUUUGCUGUGCUGCCAUGUCCAGCACCAGUGGAUUUGGUGGCCAUGUGGCUUGGGGUGGCCUGUACAGAUGCUGCUUGGCUACCUGCUGCACCCCAUAUGCUAGCAAGCUUUUGCUCUGCUCUAAGGCCGCUGCGCCAGUCCAGCUAGGGACAGGGAAGUGUUAAAGCUGCUGUCACCCCAUGAGAGGAACAUCCUGGCCCGGGGAGCAUGUCUGACAGCCCACUGCGGGUCUGCCCUCUGUUGGCCCAGGCUCCGCGAGGGGUGCUGAGACAGACCUGUGGCCGUACGUCCUGCACACUCAGCGCCCUCCCCAGCCCCACACAUGUGUGUUUGUGUGAUGUCGCUUGUCCUCUGGUUUUAUUAAAUGUGU